GCUUUAUAUAAGAAAUAUGAUAGCGACUUAGCUACCUGUCUUUUAUUAUAAUUGGAAAGAUAAUAUUUAUCUUUCGUCAAAUAAAAAUUUCUAACAUAAUUGUUACAGUCAAUCAAAUGAUAUUUAUUGCUUUUACAAAUUGCAUACAAAAGCAUAUUUAAUUUGUAUCUUAACAAAUUUUCCUCCUUUGGUAGACUGUUGCAGUAGGGCAAUGUGAAUAAUACAAUUUUUUCCACAUUUAAUGCAUUUAAAUCUGUCACAUAUUUUAUUAAUAAAAUAACUUUUAUUAAUUCAAAUUGCCUCUAUUUCCUAUAAAAAACAACAAGGUGUGGCAUUUACUGUAGCUAUGCUUACUUACCUUUUCUACAAUAUCAUUAUAAGAGGUACCAGGCAUACAGUAAUUUGUUAUUGAAUGUCCCAUUUUAGAUAAAAGAGGGCCCAUAUUCUUCCCAAUUUCAUCACUAAACAUUAUAAUAUUGUUAUUUUUAUUACCUAAAGAUGCAUUUCUUGAGUGAGUUACUUUCACUGGCGUCAAGUAUGUACCAAUUGGCUGAUGUUGGGAAUCAACAGAUAUAGACUUUUGUUGUGAAGUGGAGGAGUCACAAUUGAGCGAUGAUUGAGUUCCCAACUGUUUGCAAUCACAAGUGUGAUUGUUAGUUAAUGAAUUAAAUCUUUCAUUAUUGUAAUUACAUAAAUCAAUUAACUCAUUCAUGGCCUGCAUGUGUUCCUUCAUUUCACAUUAUGCUAAUUCAUAUUUUUUGGUUACACUUGAGAGACAAUCUUGCAGUUUAUCUAUUUUACUUUGUAAAAUUUGAGUAUUUAAACAAAUGUUAUUAUAUUUUGCAGAAUAAAUGUCCAAUUUAUCAAUUAACUGUAAUCUCUCCCUGUUUAAUUUAACAUUUUUUAUAAAGAAUUUUUGGUUUUUAAUUAACUUUUGAGUUAUUUUUAUAUAUCUACAUUUUUACAUAUUUCUUUAAUUUGUUUCUAUUACAUCCAACAACCCACAAUUUGUUAUUUCUACUGUCAUUAGAUGUAAGAUCUAUUGUUACAAUUGGUUGGUUAUUGGUUGCAGCAGAAACCAUCUCUGGAGCACUGACUACCAAUUCAUCAAAUAAGCUCUCAAGCUUUAUGCUAUAUUUUAAAAGCAGACUCUUUUGUAAAUAAUGUACAUAAUUUUCUUGUCAUAUCUGAUUCUAAAAGUGUUUUAUUAGCAUUAGAAAGUAAUAGGCUAGAUUCUAAGGUAAAUCAUAUUAUAUAUAAAAUAAGAGACCUUUUAUAUGACUUGUAUAUACAGAAGAGAGAAGUGCAAUUUUUAUGGGUUCCCUCCCACAGAGGCAUUGCUGGAAAUGAGAUUGUGGAUAAAGCAUUGAUUGCAAAUAACCUAGAGAAUCACUCUACCUUUCCAAUACCAUACACAGAUCACUUAUCAUCAGUGAAAGAUGAAAUUAAACAUUUGUGGAUUAACUAUUGGAACCACUGGAACAAUUCCAAAGGGAAAUGGUACGCAACAAUACAGAAAAGUUUGCCAAACAAGCCAUGGUAUAAUAAUGCAAUAUGUGAGUCGAGAAAAUUUAUUACAACUAUGAACAGGCUGCGCUUUGGACACUGUUUGGUUCCAACUCACUUGCACAGGCUUAAAAUUUUGUCGAACGACAAAUGCAGAUAUUGCCAGACUCCGCAUUCAGACAUAAAUCACGUAAUUUUCUCAUGUCCUGAAUUUAACAUCCCACGUCUACUACUAAUUUGCGAGUUGCAAGAUAUUCAAUCAGAAGACCAGAGCACUUGUUUUCCCCGCCGCAUUGAAGAUUUUCUCUCCAACCCAAGCUAUUUUAAAACCAAUUUAUAAAUAUAUUGUAAAUACUGUAGAUAAGAUAUAGAAUAAGACAAAACGAAUAUGUUAUUUGUUUUUCUUUAGGUUAUUUUUAUUCCAUUGUUUACUUUCUAUCCUUCUAUCGCUGUCAAUGUCAUUGUCAAAAUUUAAGUUGUCAGUAAUCUGUUUCACGCAUCUCACGUUUGUAUUUUAUUUAAGUUUGUAUUUGUACUAUGUGUUCGGCUUUAUGGACUUGUAUCCUGGCUAUGUCAUUUGCUAAUUAAAAAAAAAGUAGUUUGUUUCUGAAGAGUAGUUUAUUAGGGUGCGGCCAGAGUGCACUCAGAUUCAGAGUCAGAUUCAGAUUCUGAAAACAAGCGCGAGAAAUAAACAGUGUAGUCGAAGGGUACGGCCAGAUUGCACUCCUGAUUCAGAUUCAGACUCAGAAAACAAAGCGCGAGAAAAAGCAGGCAACCUGCUUAGACUACACUGUUUAUUUCUCGCGCUUGUUUUCAGAAUCUGAAUCUGACUCUGAAUCUGAGUGCACUCUGGCCGCACCCUUAUACCGGAAAGUGGUUGGUUUGUUUGUGUGAUGCAAAACGAUAUAUAAUAACCGUAAACUAAGAAUUGUUUUAACUGAUAAAGCUUAUUUAUAUAUACCAAAUGAACUUAAUACUAUACAUUUGUGCUAGUUUAAAAAUUUAUGGUUGUCUGGAUAAUUUGCCAAAAUUUGCGGAUGCUAAAUACCCCCGAUAUUAAAGGGUCACAUCCUCGAACAAAUUUAGUUGUUCGUAAUAUUAAUUAUUGAUCGCUCAUGAUGAUAAUGUACACGGGAACAAGUACUGAACAGGAUUCACGCUUUUGUGACAAGGAAAAGAAGCUGAUAAAGCAAACAAAAUUUAAGGAUUGCUUGACACAGCAGGUGGAUAUGUCUAAAGUGAAGCUAGAUGUCUUAAAACCAUGGAUCACUCGGAAGAUAACUACCAUUUUGGAGAUGGAAGAUGAAGUGGUCAUUGACUAUGUCAAUAACCAACUCGAGGAAAGGUUCCCAUGCCCUAAGAAAAUGCAGAUCAAUCUGACUGGUUUCUUGAACGUGACGAAUGCACGAAUUUUUAUGGGCGAGUUAUGGGAACUGUUGUUAAGCGCUCAAUCAAGUAAGGAUGGAAUUCCUGAGUGCCUCACUCAACAGAAGAAAGAGAAAAUAAAGAAAAGAAUGGAAGAACAGCAGAAGGACAAGAAUAAGAACAAAGAUAGAAGUUGUUCUCAAUCACAUUCCCGCUCCCGGCGCCGCCGUUCGCGUGAUCACCGUCGCUCGCGGUCCAGAUCGAGAGAUCGUUCCUAUGACAGAAAGUAAGUAACGCCAGCUAAUAAGCUGAAAAGUUGACGUGGUUUGGAGUAUCACCGUCUAUAGAGAGGACAGGAAUGCAAUCGCAGAUGGUUGUGGUCUAUAUGAUUGAUUGUGUUAAGAAUGGUUCUGCACAGUCAGCUCAUCAGUCAUGGAGGCAGCCAUUCAUAAUGUACCAGAGCGCAAGCGAUGAAUAUUUUUGUCAAAACAUGUACAAGUUUAUCAAAAUCAGAGUACAAUGUUGCACAGUAUGUUCCUUGAUAAUGCCAUAAUUAUUUACUGAUUUAUUUUGGUAGAACGCCACUAACACAAAAAAUAAGAGGACAUGGUAUUGUUUGUACCUUUUGACAACUAGAUUUUGACUUUCAAGCAUUUCCUUUCUAAUGACAAAAACACAUAGGGAGGGACCUAAAAUGUAUUGACAUAAUGCCAUAGUUACAGAAUUAAGAUUUUUGAUUUUACAAAAAUAAAGUUGUGAAGAUUUUCUCAAAUAAGUAGGUAUUGGUAACAAUGUAGGUAAAAAAUGUAAUAAAAGAAAUAUUAUUUUCCUUAAAACUGUUUUUAUUCUUUCAUUUUAU